AUGGAUUGGGUUACCGCCUUGACAGCGAGCUCCGGUGCCGUGCUCUAUGCUCUGGCUUACCUGGCUUCCUGGGUCUAUGGGCUGUUCAGUGUACUAGCCUCGCCAAUGUGGAUCCUAGCCCAUGCCAUCCUCUAUGUGCUCCUUUCUCCACUAAGGCUUCUAAUCAAAUUCGAGGCCAUUCUUAGCUACUUCACAGUAGCCGCAUUGAUGGGGGUUAUCCUGGGAAUAUCAAUUCAUUAUGCGUCGUCGGUUACUGUGGAGGCGGUUCAUCAAUGGUUUGGUUCACUGAAGUAUGACCCAGCUCGCCCUAGGCGGAAUAGUUUUCAUGGACGUCUACUUGAUAAAGUCAAAAGAGGGACUUCUCCGAGCGAUUCCAAUGCGUCCGACGAGAAUAUGCCGGAGUGA